AUGGCUACCGCUUCCGCCGUCGCUUCCAAGGGGGUCCCGCUGGCCGCCCUCCUCAAGGAGCUCCUCGCCUCACCGUCCGCCUCCGGCAAGACCACCGCCUCCGCCCGCCGCCUCUCCAUCUCCAAGCUCUUCUCCGCCGACUCCAGCGACGAGGACGCCGUCGCCGCCGCCCGCCGACGUGAGCGCGACCUCUCCAUCGCCAAGCUCUUCUCUGGAGACGUGCUGGACGAGGCGACGAAGAUGCGCCUGCUGCUGCCGCUGACGGAGGACGGCGGCGCGGCGUCCAGGACCGGCUUCUCCUCGCGCGGGUGGUGGGUCUCCAAGGAGGACGGCGACGCGGUGCAGCUGAAGGUGGCGAUGCCGGGGCUGGGGAAGGAGCACGUGAAGAUGCGGGUGGAGAAGGACGUCCUGGCUUUCAAGAUGGAUCAGAUCAAGGCGGAGAUGAACAACGGCAUGGUCAGCCUGACCGUGCCCAAGAUCAAGGACGAGGAGCGCAAGGACGUGUUCGAGAUCAAGAUCGAGUAG